CCAAUGGGAAGCGGCCUUCUUGACGGCGGCGCAUCCGGACUGAGUCCGUCUGAGAGGAGCUUGAGCGUCGCUGGUGGGGCGGUGAGGAGACGCGAGGCCCGGGCAGGUGGAUACAAGCAUACAGAUGGCAGAUAAUAGUAAAGCAGAAGAUGCUGCGUCAGAUUCUGUGGAAGCUGCUAAACAUGCAAGUGAUAAAAAAGAAAAGCUAGCAGAUCAAGUGAUGCAAAAUCCACAAGUCUUGGCAGCUCUGCAGGAGCGACUUGACAGUUCGUCUCAUACUCCUUCAAGCUAUAUUGAAACGUUACCAAAAGCAGUAAAAAGAAGAAUUGAUGCCUUGAAACAACUCCAGGUGAAGUGUGCCCAUAUAGAAGCUAAAUUUUAUGAAGAAGUUCAUGAUUUAGAGAGAAAAUAUGCAGCCCUCUAUCAACCUCUCUUUGAUAAGAGAAGGGAUUUUGUCAUUGGUGAGGCUGAACCUACGGAUGCAGAGUCAGAGUGGCACAGUGAAAAUGAGGAAGAAGAAAAACUAGCUGGAGACCUCAAAAACAAAGUAGUAAUAGAAGAGAAAGAAGCAGCAGCUGCAGCAGAAGAGUCAAAUCCCAAAGGAAUUCCAGACUUCUGGUUUACAAUCUUUAGAAAUGUAGAUAUGUUAAGUGAAUUAGUUCAGGAAUAUGAUGAACCAAUCUUAAAACACCUGCAAGAUAUAAAAGUGAAAUUUUCUGAACCUGGACAGCCUAUGUCUUUCUCAUUAGAGUUCCACUUCGAGCCCAAUGACUACUUUACUAAUUCAGUCCUGACAAAAACCUACAAGAUGAAGUCAGAGCCAGACAAGACUGAUCCCUUUUCAUUUGAAGGCCCUGAAAUAGUUGAUUGUGAGGGAUGUACUAUUGAAUGGAAGAAAGGAAAAAAUGUUACAGUUAAAACAAUCAAGAAGAAGCAGAAACACAAGGGUCGAGGCACAGUUCGAACAAUUACCAAACAAGUACCCAAUGACUCUUUUUUUAACUUCUUCAGUCCCAUAAAAGUGUCUGGGGAUGGAGAGUCACUGGAUGAAGAUUCAGAGUUUACUUUAGCCACAGACUUUGAAAUUGGGCACUUCUUCCGUGAAAGGAUAGUCCCUCGUGCUGUGCUUUAUUUCACUGGGGAAGCAAUAGAGGAUGAUGAUAACUUUGAAGAAGGAGAGGAAGGAGAAGAGGAGGAAUUGGAAGGUGAAGAGGAGGGAGAGGAAGAGGAGGAUACAGAGAGUGAUCCUAAGGUGUAAUUUAAGUCUGUUUAUCAUUCAUACAUUUCUAGUACUCCAGGGCUGAAAUCUCCCCUCCUGAGAGGAUGACAGUUGAUGCUUCAGAAUACUCCAUCUUCAAAGCUACCUUGGCAGAAGCCUCCAUUACUAAGCAGCAAACCUGUUUUGAUGACCUGUGAAAUGUCUUCCAUAUAUAGGAUGAACAGAACCUUCAAGAACUCCCAUACUCUUAGCACAGUUCCUCACAUACACUUCACUGUGAAGUUACUUAGUUUGUUUGAUGCUGUGAUGCUUGCUUUUCCUCCAUUCCUUAGGAUCAUACCUGGGGUGACUUAUUGAGGGAUAAUAGGAUCAUUCAAGAUUUGACAUCUUGAGGUGAUGUCUGAGCUAUGGGGAUGGUGGGGAGCUAGUUAACUCUUCUAAUGCAUAGUCUGGCUUCCAAUGAUUAAAUGAAUGGUUUUCUCCUUGCUGUGCCUGACUCUGACAACAAGUAUUUAGUGCUCACUACCUUUUGUUGAUCCCACAAUAGUUUGGUGGCCAGGUUACUGUUAAGGGUACAGAAAUAAGCAGAUGACCAGCUGUCAGAUAUGCAUGUCAAUCUAGAAUGUGCAACAAAAUGAUUACUCCAUUGUAUUACACAGGAUGCUUUCCAGAAGCAGAUUGGUAAAAAUUUAGAGAGGAGGAGUGGAAUAUUAUUUGAAUCAACCAGCAACAUAUAUUGGUUUUGAGAGAGGAUAACAUUAAACGGUGGUGGAAAGAUGAAUGACCGCAUCUACAGUCAGUAAUAUUUUUUUGAAUAAACCUAUUCCUAAUAUGAAUCAAAGGACUGGAAAUCAAGGCAUUGAGGUUAACUAGCAGAACUUUAUUACUUUAUAAUUAAUGAGCAGAGACAUUGCUUGAAAUAUUUGCUGGACUUUAAAUUUAUCAGUUCAGUGUUCUGAAAGGGUGUAGUUUAAAAGCAUUUAAUCUGCAAUGCUUUGGGGAUUUACAGAAGCCGGGAAAGCAGUUUGAGCAGGGAAGAUUGCAGUGUCUUGGAUCUGUCUUGUUCUUUCCUCUCGUCUUCAACACACUGCAAAUUUGGAGUUACAAGUACAGCAGAGGACCACUCCUCGAACGUAGAGCUCAGUGACUAACUCAGCCCUGAUCUACAGUACACAGCUAGGCCAACGUAGGGCAGCUUAUAUCAACAGAACUAUGUCAGUGUAUUGGCUACUGCCUUGGUCUUGCCGAAGUAAGUGCCCUACACCAACAUAACUCAAACUCUGCGUCUCUCAUGUUGGUGUAGUUAGGGCUAAGCGGGGUCUCUGUAGACAGUGCAUUAUUUACAUUGGUUGCUGGCUGUCAUUCUUGUCAAUUUCACUGCUUCAUGCAACUUCUGGUUAAUUGCAGUGUUUUACUUGAAAUCAAUCCCAUCCCAUUAACAUCUGUAGUAAUAGGAUUUGGAUAUUGGCAGCAGUGUGCGACUUAUUAGCAACCUAUCCCGGAAGAAAGGUGCCACCUGCAGGCAGGUUUUCAAGGCUGCAGCCAGGGAAGGAAGGUGCUGGGAUUUAUCUUCUCUGACUGCUGCCUUGCAAACCUCCAUGUGACCAGUGCUCAGCACAUGCCAGCACUGAUUCCUCCUGGUGCUACUGUCCAGCAAACCUGUCUGCAUGUAGUGACCACAUAGGAGGUAAGGGGCUGCAGACUUGGAAGGGAGGCUCAGGGCAGACCAGUAGCAGGAAGAAGAGCUGCAAUUUGUAACAGCUUCUCAAUUUGAGAGUACUGUUAGAUUCCUAGGCUGCUACUGGAUUCCCAGGCAACUGUAUCUGUAAUGAAGAUCACUUUCCGUCUGCACCUGACAAGGCAAGUGCAACUUGGAUGGUUUUAUGUGAACCUUAGUACAACUAUCCAUGCCUCUGUCAUUUCAAAGCUAGACUAGUGUAAUGUUCUCUGUGUGGGGCUACACACUGAGACCAUUUGGAAAGUGAAACGUAGAGAAUAUCUGUCAGCUUGCUGAACAGAGCCUUAGCUCAGGAGCAAACCACUGGCUGCACUGGUGGAGUUCAAAGAGGAAGGGAAAGCUCAAAUACUUUUGGUCCUGGUUCUUUAAGAGAUCACUUCGCUCCCUAUGACACUUCAAAAGAUGUAGGUAGUGCUCAAGUUAAACCAACCCUCCGUUCCCCCACAGCAGGGUGUUCUCUAUGAAAAGGGGGAUUGUCUUGGAACCUCCUAGUCUGGGAGACCCACAUCUGUUAACCACCUGCAUAUGCACUCGCGCUCUCUCUCAUUUUUCCUUCUGUGCUUGGAGACUGGGUUUAGUGAGGGAGGCAAAUAAAGCAAUUUACUGUGUGAAAUACUGGGGUUUAGAUCAUUUAUAUUUCAAUUGCAUUUAACAGGUAAAAUUUUCAAAAGCACCUUAUCUACUUUUUAAAACGGGACUUAAGCUCCUAAGAGCCUAAGAGAGUUCACUGAAAGAUAGUGAGAUUUAGGUGCUUUUGACAUCCUUGCCCAAAGCACACUAUUUCUGUAUAUUGAAAAACAACUAUCCUAGAGAUCUACAAACACAUUUUCAGUGUGAUGGUAUAGCAUGUAGAACAAUAUCUACGUUUUAACAUGUGAAACUUACUACAGAGGGAACUUUUCAAUAUGUAUGCAAUUUCAUGUAUCGUGUUGAAAUUAAGCAACAGCAUUUUUUCUAAAUGUCUUUAUUGCUGUAAAGUGGUACAAAACAUGGAUAAUUGUAUUAGAAAAUGUAAUACACAAGGGUUUUGUCUUCAUGAAUAAAACUGAAAUAAAAUA